AUGCGCUUGAAUGAGCCGCGGGGUGUGCGCAUUGUCAGCUGAAGGUUCUCCGCGAUGACGGACACCCCGAUGGCCCAGCAGCAGCAUCAUCCGCAUCCCUGAGCACCCAGCAUCAGCACCAGCUAUCCCCAUCCAUCCAUCCAUCCUCCAUGCUCCAGCAUAGGCGUGCAGAGCCAACAGCGCCUAUCGGAUUUCUCUCUUACCCUCCGCUGUCUUCCACCAUCCUCCGUAUCUGAAGCUGUUCUCUCUCCAGCAUCCGACUGCCGUGUCCCGUCUUUCAUCUUCCAGGAUGUUCUCCGUCACACGGAUGCUGUCGAUGGUUCUCAUCGUUGGAAACGUUAUGCUCCAAUAUGUGUCAUCUCAGAACGCUGGGUUUGUGAAGUCGCCAAUGUCAGAGAUUAAGCUCACGGGAGAUGCCUUUGAGCUGUACUGCGACGUGGUUGGUAAUCCAGUGCCAGAGAUCCAGUGGUGGUACGCUGAUAUUAACCGGGCGGACUCCUUCAAGCAGCUGUGGGACGGCGCCCGCAAACGCCGGGUGUCGAUCAACACAGCAUAUGGUGCCAACGGUGUCAGCGUGCUGGCCAUAUCACACCUCACGCUGGAGGACGCCGGAGUCUACGAGUGCCGAGCCAGCAACGACCCGCGUCGCAACGACCUUCGCCAAAACCCAGCCAGCACCUGGAUCCGAACGCAAGCCACCAUAUCCGUGUUGCAGAAGCCAAGAAUCAAUGCUUCCGAUCAGGAGAUUUUGCAGCCUAAAGCAGCACAGGAAGUGCCCAUCACGCUACAGUGUAACCUCACCAAUUCGCACAGCACGCACCGGGAAACGUUCUGGAUGAAAAACGCACGAGAGAUUCCCAAAACACGGACAGAGCACAAAAACACAGUGUACAAGAUAUAUAAACCGAGGGCAGAUGAUUCUGGGGAAUACAUGUGCGUUUACACCUUUAAGUCGGCUCCAAAUGCCAAUGCUUCCAUUGAGGUCAGAGCUGCUCCAGAAAUCACAGGCCACAAACGAAGUGAGAACAAAAAAGAAGGAGAGAAUGCAAUGCUGUUUUGUCGAUCAGUAGGCUAUCCACAUCCUGUUUGGUUGUGGCGUAAAAAAGUGGACAGCGGAUCUUACAUCGACAUUGAUAACAGCACUGGCCGAUUCUUCAUCACCAACCAAGAUAAUUACACAAAUCUGAGCAUCACCAGCCUGGACAUCAGCACGGAUCCAGGCGAAUACAUCUGCAAUGCUUCAAACAUCAUCGGCUCGAAAGAGUCCAUGACCAUCCUGAGGGUGAGGAGUCACCUCGCCCCGCUGUGGCCUUUUCUGGGCGUCCUAGCUGAAAUCAUCAUUCUGGUGGUCAUUAUUGUGGUUUACGAGAAGCGUAAGAGGCCAGAUGAGGUUCCUGAUGACGAUGAACCAGUUGCACCAAUUAAAACCAACUCUACAAACAACCACAAGGACAAAAAUGUACGACAGCGGAACACCAACUAAGCUGAUGGACCAAUGUACUGUAGAAGAAUACUGAAGAUGACCAACUGCAUAUCCCGACUUCGGACAUAUCCAAAGAGAGGAGACGCUCAUGGCGAUUUUCAGUGACGCAUAUCCUGCCUCACGAGGUGAAGAAAACAACAAACAACGACAGCAUUACACUGGCAGAAAUGAACAAUUUAAGUAUGCCUUAUUCAGGCUAAGGGUCUGUGCGAAUGUGUGGACACUGACCGAAUCAUUCUAAAGGUGACAAUUUAUUUUUUCCAUGUGCUGUUUAACACUGCGUUUCUUUCUUUUAUCAUGCCCUCCUGCUGCACUGAAUCGUUUUCAUAUCUACAUGUUGUCUCGAAUGCAUGCAAUAACAUAAUCGAAUAAGAUUCAAAUAUCGUUUUUCUAUUGUUACUUGUUACUUUAAGUGGUGUUGCAUCCAAAUGAAUAACCCUUGUGUGUGUUUGAGGAAGUAUGUCAGCAUUUCAGCGUGUGCGAGUGUGCGUUUUUAAUUACAUUUAAAUGGAUAAAAAAAGAGACCUUUGUACAGUUUAUCAUCCAAUAAAACAAUACUAAAAGGAGGUGUUUUGUCUUAAAGUAGAAUGCGAGAACCUUGUUGUGAGUGGCAGACCAGUAUUUAAUCAAAAAGAGCUGAUAUUGUAUUAAAUGACUAAAUGAAAUGGAUACAUGUAACAUUUAUUUUCUAGAGUUAUUUAGACAUCUUGUACAUUGUGGUGCUGUAAGUGUUCAAAUAUUAUGAUAGCAUCUGUAAAAAGGAAAAGACUAUUUCUUUUUUUUAUAUAACUUCAAUGUCUUUAUGUUUCUUUUAGAAAAGAGUUAAUUCUUGUACAGCAUGGCUAUAAUCCUAUGCAAUAUGUAUUCAUAUAGACCUACUGAAAAUUGUAAGUUGGGGUGGAUUUGUUUCAUUUCAGAGAGUAAUAAAAAAAAUGCUUUAACAGGACGGGAACAUACAGUAGGGGUGCAUCGCAUUUAAAAUGCACUGCUGUAGUUGCAUGUCAACUCCUGAUCAAUACCGUGUGUCACGAUGACAAUGGACCAACAUUCAAGGGAGGAAGUGGUUGGAGCUCAAGCCAUUACAAACUAUGUGAAAACAAUUGUUUCCUUUUUCAGAAUAAAGGUUCCAAAAUAUAUUGGUAUUUCUGUGUUGUUCUGAAUGAAUGGCUGGGUUGAGGUUUGAUAUGAGAGAUCUUCCGAACUGCAUUAAAUUGACCCUUCGCUAAGCCCCACCUUAAACAUAUUCAAUACUGACCGAUUCUAGCUACUAAAGCGGUCUACUAAAUUAUUUGAAAAGCUUUUGCAUUUUUUUCUAAUGUAUGCCUAUAGAAGUCCUGUAUGUUUAGAGAGUUUUGAAGAAAACUCAAAAUGUUUUAAUCAUUCUUCAAAAGUGCAUGUUAUGGACAGUGUUGGGGGAGUAAUGGAAUACAUGUAACGGGAUUACUUAUUUAAAAUUCAAAAUAUAAGUAACUGUAUUCCACUACAGUUACAAUUUAAAUAAUUGGUCAUUAGAAUACAGUUACAUUCAAAAAGUAUUUUGAUUACUGAAGAGAUUACUUUGGAUUUUAUUGUCAUUUGUUUCAUUUCAUAUUUAGUCCUUUCAGAUGGAAAACCUUUAUACAUAUAAAUGAUGUGAUCCAAAGUGCAUUUGAACAGCGGUGAAACACUUUCUUAUGAUGCGUUACGUUCAUACGAGCAGACAGAGAAGUACGUUUGAAGUAAGUUUGGUGCAGAAGAAAUAUAAAUACAUUUUGUGAAAUUUUCAGCUUUACGCUAAGCUAAAAUGCUAUUUCUAGCCAUUUUACAUGCACAUAUGGAAUGAUAUUCCAGACAUUAUUCAAAAGGAAUUGCAAAUUGUAUUUGCAAUUGCGUUUUCAAUUUGUGGACGCAUAAAAUGUGACAUAAUCCAAACGCAAUUGCAAAUCGCGCCUUUACGGUUUGCAUUUUCGUUUAAGCGAACGCACAGUGACUGCCAAAUUUCAAAUGGAAAAGCAAAGUCCGUUUGCAACUGUGUUUCCCAUAUCUUACGAGUUUUGGCCCUGUCAUAUUUAAAUAGCAAUUUCAAUUACCACGUCUGCUUUUUCACUUUCUCAGCGUCGCGUAUGUAGCCAGCCAAAACUCAAAUGGAAUACUAAUUCCCUUAGUAUUUCCAUUGAUGCCUUACACGGAAACCUGUCAAUCAGGGUCAAGGGUGGGAUUAUGCUAUGGGGCGUGUUUGUCUUGGGAAGUGACAUCACUCACAGUCUAUCAGUAUCAAUAAUUAGCACUGCACUUUAUUCAUCUAUAAUCUCACACUGGACUGUCAACA